AUGUCUCUGCAAUCUACUGAAACGAGAGAUCUUUUGGAUCUUGUCGACAAUCUCCGAUCACAUGGCAUCAAUCGAUACAUCAACCUUCCUGAGAUCAUCGUAUGCGGCGAGCAGUCUUCCGGCAAGAGCUCUGUGCUGGAAGCGGUAUCCGGCGUCAAGUUCCCCAGCAAGGAUAACCUCUGUACCAGGUUCGCGACUGAGCUGAUUCUUCGACGCGGCCCGGAAGCACCGAUCAAGAUCAGCAUCGUCCCUGGUUCACAUGAGAAGGAUCGCUCGGAAGAUGAUCUCGAGAAGCUGCGCGAGUUCCACUACUCCGCUGAAUUGGAAGAGUUAGAUCUUGAGCCAGUGAUUGAGGCAGCGAAAGAAGCGAUGGGUAUCAACGAAGGAGGCGGUAAAGUGUUCAGCUCCGACAUUCUUCGCCUGGAGCUAUCUGGACGCAAUCAACCGCACCUUACCCUUGUCGAUCUACCCGGCCUGUUCCAAGCUGGAAGUCGGGCUCAAUCAGACACAGAUGCCGAAACGGUAAAGUCGCUCGUGCUCUCGUACAUGAUGAAUCCACGCAGCAUCAUACUAGCCGUCGUAUCUGCCAAAAAUGACUUCAACAACCAGUCAAUUACCAAGUAUUCGCGCGAUAUCGAUCCAGCCGGAGAACGUACCCUUGGACUGAUCACCAAGCCGGACACGCUCGACAAGGGAUCUGACAUGGAGCGAUUCUAUCUUGACUUGGCUCAAAACAAGGACGUGAAAUUUCGAUUGGGAUGGCAUGUGCUUCGUAACCGGGAUUACGCUUCGAGGGAUGCGACUACAAAAGAGCGCGACACAGCCGAAGCUCUCUUUUUCGCAGCCGGAGUCUGGCGGGAGCUUUCAGCAGAUCAAACUGGAGUUGACAGCCUGAAGCCGAGGCUCAGCCAGAUUCUCAAGGACCAUAUCGUCGCACAACUCCCUGACGUGCUUGCGCAGAUCAAGAGCGGUAUUGGGGAAUGUACGACACGACUCAACGCUAUUGGCUCAUCCCGUGACACACCACAUGAGCAGCGCCGGUACCUUCUACGAGCCAGCGAGUCGUUCACUUCACUCCUCAGAGCUGCGGUCGACGGGCAAUACUCAGACCCUUUCUUUGGUGACGCUUCUACCGAUGAGGGUUACCAGCGGCGCUUGCGAGCUGUUCUCCAGACUACCCUGAUAGAUUUCGCCGCCAACAUGCGCAAGGAAGGCCAUGCUAUCACCAUCCUAGACGAAGUGCCGACUGAACCUCUAUCCGAGCGCCAGAUGUAUCGCGCAGACUACAUCAUCAAGGUGAACAAACUUCUGGAACGAAGCAGAGGUCGGGAACUGCCUGGCACGUUCGAUCCGCUUAUUGUCGGGCAGUUGUUCCACGAACAGCGAAAGCUGUGGCCGGAGCUUGUCGAUGACUGCCUGGAGGUCAUCAUUCGUGCUGCCGAUGUCUUAGCUCGCACGGCACUGGACCACGUGUGCGACGAAACAACCCGAACUGGCAUCUCAAGGCAAUACAUCACUGUUCGAUUGGCGAAACUGACCGAUGCGCUUCGCGUCAAAGUUGCGGAACUUCUUACACCUCACGACACUAGCCACCCAAUCACGUACAACCACUACCUCACGGACAACGUGCAGAAGGCGCAGAGCCAACGGCAAUCCCGAGAGCUUAGGAAAUCACUGAAAGAAGUUAUCGGCGAUGACCACAGCGGCAAGGGCACCGUCAAACUUCACAUUAACGUGGACACGUUGGUCAACACUCUGCUCGCCAAGACGGAAGCAAACAUGAAUAGUUACGCCAGCUCUACUGCGACCGAUUUCAUGGAGGCUUAUUAUAAAGUCGCCCUCAAGAGACUCAUCGACGACUUCGCGGUACUCGCCGUCGAAGCAUGUUUCAUCCAAGAGCUUCCGACUUUGUUCUCGCCAGCUGACGUCAUCGACCUGGACGAUACGUCAGUGACUGCGUUGGCUUCCGAGAGCGAAGAAGCUGCCGGGGAGAGAAAGCGGUGGACUGCCAAACUCAAGGUCCUCGAGGGUGGGCUUAGAGCUCUGCAGGGUGUUCAAGACAUCUCGUUAGCGCAACAAGAUCCUGGCAACGCGCUGUUGCCGAAUGCCACAAACUUGAAACGCAAGCGGUCAAGCCGAGAGAUAGCAGAAGAUGACGCGAGACGGCAUAGAGACCCCUCGUGGGCAGAGGCAGCCAAGGCAGCAGGUCUUGUGUGA